UUCAAGAACCAAUAUAGUUCUGAGACUGGACCUUCUCUGCCAGGAAAAGCAGGGGAAUUAGCUCAAAUGGUAUAGCGCUUGCUUUGCAUGUGAGAGGUAGCGGGAUUGAUUGCCUAAAUUCUACAAGGAAUCCUUUGUUUUAUUGGCUAAUUGUAGGCCAUUCGCGCACCCCGAGGUUACAGAGGUCAAAGGUAAGCCCAUAUUCAGCAGCACAGUGGCGAAAGGUAAAUUUAUGUGCAUUACCGUUUCCACAGGUUCCCGAUUUGUACAACCCGGCAUUAAUACCUCUUAGUGUAAUUCUACCUUACUGGUGGAUGCCUUCUUCUGGUCGCUCCUCAGGGCUGACCUCUGGUAGUGGUGCGGUGGACCCGACGUGAGUGAUAGGUUACCGACCGAGAACAUGACUGGUGUUUGUGCCCUGAUUUCUUUCCUUCCUCCAAUAACAGUAUUGUCAAUUGAUGCGGAGCGCCUAGUGCAUAGUGCUACUUCCGUAGGGUCUCACCUCAUGCCACGGACGCCCUGAGGACCAGACAAGGUGUGUCAACCUCACCCUGGUUCGACGCUUCCAACCUGACGUACAUUGACCCUUGGAUAGGUUUUCCUGGUGUUCUGGGCCCCGUUUCACGAAGCAGGUUCAACCAACUCUGGAGUCUAACCCUGAACUCUGAGUUGAUCUACUCUGAGACAGGAAACUCUGAGUUACGGGUUUCAGAACAGGUGAUUUCAAUUGGUUCAAUCAACACAGAGUUUGUUCACUCUGAGUUAAGCGCGUGCACCACGACUUUAAAAAGCCCUGAUCAAUGGAGCCCCGUUCCCUCGAUUCACCAUGGCAACGAGUGAUAAGAAAAGAUCGUCAUAUUUCAGUCCUCUGGAACUGGAUAUAUUAAUGCGGUCAUACGGCGAAUUUGAAAGCAACACGGCUGCAGCAGCGAAAGAACGCGAGUCGGCGUGGGAGAAGAUUACUGCUCGAGUCAAUGCAUGUAAUCCCACCGGCGAAAAAAGAACGUGGAAGCAGCUGAAGAUGAAAUAUAAAAACAUUGUUCAAACAGCCAACAGAAAGCGGGCAUCUGCCCGCAAAACUGGCGGAGGACCACCCCCACCACGUCUGACCGAGGCAGAGGAGCAGGCCAUGAGUCAGACUGUCGGGAGGCCAGUCGCAGAGGGGAUCCCUGGAGGGACCUCAUCCUCGGACAUGAUUACACAGGAGCCACCAGCCUUGAUAAGAUAUUCUGAAGGCGUACUUGGUCUAGUGGAUCCAUGUGCCACUUUAACUGAUGAUGAAGAUGAUGGGACCACAAUGUCUGCUGCCUUCUCUGUGGUGUCUGAGAGGGAGCCCGAGAGGCCUACAGAGAGCAUGGCUGGGCAGCAGGAAGAGGGUCCCUCAACCUCCACAGCACAGAUUGACACACUACCACUAAAAGAAAUCUACAAAGUGCAUUUAUUAAAAACAGUACAAAAAACAGAAAACGAAAUGGUGCUGCUGGACCGCCAGAUAACUAAAACGGAUCUGGAAAUUGAAUUAUUAAAACACAAGUUAGAGGUGGGUGCAUGGUCAUAGGUGAAUUGUGUUGAUGAUUGUAACAAUUAAAAAGUAAGAAACCAUUUUUUUUUCUUAUUUGUAGGAAAUAAAGAAGACCAAAUAAAAUUUUUUUUGUCUUUCUGUUUAUUUUACUGCUGUUGGUGAUGGUGAUCCAAACUGGCUUUAAACACGCACGGCAAUGAAUGAAUCACACCGUGUGUAGCGUAAGAGGGCGGAGACAGAAAGAAACUCGAGGUUCAUUGAAGAAAACCUGGUCCCGACCAGGUUAUGUUCACAGAGUCUGUUGCCAUAGUAACUGACACCGAGGUUAAGUUACCUCUCUCUGUGAAACAGGCUGGAGUUACUCCUCUGUCUCUGGUUUGACUUACCUCCCUUUUUGAAACGGAAAACUCAGAGUUUCCCUCAUUUCAGGGUUAACAUACUCCGAGUUUUCACUUAAGCUGCUUUGUGAAACGGGGCCCUGUUGGUUAUGAGGGCGGGGUGUUGUCGACGUGGGCUUUUGUUGUUCCUUCACGGUCUACGUUCUUUGCACUCGGGGUCUAAAUUUUGGGUAGAGGACAAUGGGGUGGCCGCCCCCAUUGAUCUGCUUCAUGCAGUCACGGUGCGCGAGAGGUUUGCCACCGCUCUGCUUUGCCAUGCUGUUUUCUUGACCUUUCCCCGGUCAGUUAGCGGCCUUGAUGGGGGUGUUUCGCAGUUGAUUGGGUUGUGCGCUGUUGGUUAUGGGGCCCGAUGGGUUUUUGCCGUGGGCUUUUGUUGUUCCUGGAGCAGAUAAAGAAGAGUGGUCAGUACGGGGGUGAACCCAUGACCGUGGCUUUAUUAGCACCACGCUCUGAUCAACUGAGCUAAUCGACCACAGGACACCAUUGCAUCAAAUGUUUCCAGCUAAAAUCGACUAACUCAUCCUUAACAGACCGCAUUCUCCGUGCCAUGCUGUUUUCUUUACCUUUACCUGGUCGGUUGGUUGCCUUGAUGGGGGUGUUUCGCAG